UCCGGAAGUGUGCUGUUUUACGGGCUGCGAAAACUGAGGUUGAUGACGAAGGUAUUGUUCUGAAUAUUCUUGCGACAAUCUCCGGGAGAUACUUCGGACAGUUGGAGAAGUAAGGAGAGCGCUGCUCGUUUUCAUUUCAGACAGACACUCUCUCCGUGUCUCUCUUAUUCUCUUUUCUCUAUUGAGUUUCUGAAGCCAUGGCCGGCGCUAAGAAAGCAGCACCAGCAGCCCCCCUAACCACCAGCAACAACGCCAAUAUCCUACAGCCUGAGAUCGCCGCCGGAGGCGGCGGCGGCAAGAAAACCAUCGAACAGACAUACCAGAAGAAAACGCAGCUCGAGCACAUCCUCCUCCGCCCCGACACCUACAUCGGCUCCAUUGAAAAGCACACCCAAAACCUAUGGGUGUACGAGAACGACCAGAUGAUCCAGAAAUCCAUCACCUACGUCCCCGGACUGUACAAGAUCUUCGACGAAAUUCUCGUCAACGCCGCCGAUAACAAGCAGAGAGACCCCAGGAUGGACUCAGUGAAGGUGACUAUUGACGUCGAAUCGAACUGCAUCAGCAUCUACAACAACGGGGAUGGAGUUCCGGUCGAGAUCCACCAGGAGGAAGGGGUUUACGUUCCGGAACUGAUUUUUGGGCAUUUGUUGACCAGCAGCAAUUACGACGACAACGAGAAGAAGACUACCGGCGGGAGGAACGGUUACGGGGCCAAACUUACAAACAUUUUCUCGACUGAGUUUGUGAUCGAGACUGCGGAUGGGAAGAGGCAGAAACGAUACAAGCAGGUAUUCUCUAAGAAUAUGGCAACGAAAUCCGAACCUGUAAUAACGAAGUGCAGAUCUGGUGAGAAUUGGACAAAGAUCACAUUCAAGCCAGAUCUGGGAAAAUUUGGGAUGACAUAUUUGGAAGAGGAUGUGGUUGCUUUGAUGAAGAAGCGUGUAAUCGAUGUUGCUGGAUGUCUUGGGAAGACAGUGAAGGUGGAAUUGAAUGGGCAGACAUUUCAUUUCAAGUCAUUCUCCAGUUACUGUGAUCUUUACCUGAAAUCUGUAUCAGAUUCUGGUUCAGAUCCACUUCCAAGGUUUGAAGAGGAAGUUCAUGACAGAUGGCAAAUUUGCAUCAGCAGGAGUGAAGGGCAGUUUCAGCAGGUCAGCUUUGUUAAUGGAAUCGCGACGAUCAAGGGCGGGACUCAUGUCGAUUAUGUCACUAACAAGAUAACAAGCCAUCUUAUAACAGUGAUCAAGAACAAGAACAAAAAGAACAAGAAAUUUGACCUUAAGCCUCACACUGUCAAGAACCAUUUAUGGGUGUUUGUCAAUGCCCUUAUUGACAACCCUGCCUUCGAUUCUCAAACCAAGGAGACUCUGACGCUUCGUGCCGCAAGCUUUGGAUCUUCAUGGGAUUUCUCAACAAAGUUUCUAGACAAAGUGGCCAAAUCAGACAUCAUGAAAAACAUUGAGGAGUGGGCAGAGUUUAAGCAGAAGAAAGACCUCAAGAAAACAGAUGGAUCUAAGGACAGGAGGAUCUACGGAUUAGCCAAGUUAGCCGAUGCAAAUGAGGCGGGGAGUAGGAAUUCUGAUAAAUGCACCCUGAUUUUGACAGAAGGAGAUUCAGCCAAAGCACUUGCAAUUGCUGGACUCUCUGUUGUCGGGCGUGAUCACUACGGCGUGUUCCCUCUGAGGGGAAAAUUGCUCAAUGUAAGGGAAGCAAGUCAUAAUCAGCUAAUGCAAAAUGCUGAAAUUCAGCACAUCAAGCAGAUUCUUGGUCUGCAGCAUGGAAAACAAUAUGACAAUGUUAAGUCACUGAGAUAUGGUCACUUGAUGAUAAUGACUGAUCAGGAUCAUGAUGGUUCUCACAUCAAAGGGCUCCUGAUUAAUUUUAUCCAUUCAUUUUGGCCGUCGCUGCUCAAAAUUCCUACCUUCCUGUUGGAGUUCAUUACUCCUAUUGUAAAGGCCACUCAUAAAACAGAGGGGAAGCUAUCUUUCUAUACAAUGCCCGAGUAUGAAAGUUGGAAACAAAGUUUGGGGCCACAAGCAAGAAACUGGACCAUUAAGUACUAUAAGGGGUUGGGAACCAGCACAGAUCAAGAAGGGAAGGAGUAUUUUCAAGCUCUUGGAAAGCACAAGAAGGAUUUUGUCUGGGAGAAUGAGGAGGAUGGCGAUGCAAUCGAACUUGCUUUCAGUAAAAAGAAGAUUGAAGCAAGAAAGAAUUGGCUCAGGCAAUUUGAGCCCGGCACGUACCUUGAUCAGGAAGAGCAACACAUCAAGUAUCGGGACUUUGUGCAUAAGGAGCUCAUUCUGUUCUCAAUGGCAGAUCUUCAGAGAUCAAUUCCAUCCAUGGUGGAUGGCCUAAAACCUGGGCAGAGAAAGAUACUCUACUGUUCUUUCAAGAGGAACUUUAUCAAGGAAGCAAAAGUCGCCCAGUUCUCUGGUUAUGUGUCCGAACACUCGGCAUAUCAUCAUGGAGAGCAGAGUCUUGCCAGUACAAUUAUUGGCAUGGCACAAGAUUAUACAGGCAGUAACAACAUAAAUCUCCUCAUGCCAAAUGGUCAGUUCGGGACACGAGUCCAGGGAGGCAAAGAUCAUGCCAGUGCUAGGUAUAUCUUCACACAGCUUUCUCCAAUCACUCGGUUUUUGUUCCCCAAGGCCGAUGACAUGCUCCUUAACUACUUAAAUGAGGACGGGCAAUCAAUUGAACCUACAUGGUAUAUGCCAACCAUACCAAUGGUUCUGGUAAAUGGAAGUGAAGGGAUAGGCACUGGGUGGAGUACAUACAUUCCGAAUUAUAACCCCAGAGACAUCAUUGCUAAUGUGAGGCAUUUGCUGGACGGCGAACCCAUGGAAGCCAUGCAUCCCUGGUACAGAGGAUUCAGAGGUUUGAUUGAGAAAACUGCUACAAAAGAAGGUGGUAAUAGCUACACUGUCACUGGAAUUAUAGAGGAAGUUGAUGAGACGACGCUGAGGGUAACAGAGCUUCCAGUUCGGAAGUGGACACAAGAUUAUAAGGAGUUUUUGGAGUCAGCUUCUGCUGAGAAUGAAAAGAGCAAGGACCCUUUCAUUGAGGCUUGCAGUGAUUACAGCACACCGAAUUCAGUGAAUUUUGUUGUUUAUAUGUCUCCCGAGGGACUUUUGGCAGCCAAGCAAGAGGGGUUGCUCAAGAAAUUUAAGCUAACAUCUUCGAUUAGCACAAGCAACAUGCAUCUAUUCGAUGCGAAAGGUGUCAUCAAGAAAUACGACACCCCGGAACAGAUUCUUGAGGAAUUCUUCUACAUAAGGCUUGAAUAUUAUGAGAAGAGAAAGAAAGCUUUGAUGGACAAACUUGAUUAUGAACUGUUGAAAUGUGACAAUAAGUGUAGAUUCAUUAAAGGUGUUGUGGAAGGCACCAUUGUUGUUAGCAACAGAAGAAGGGCUGAUCUGUUCCUUGAGUUGAAGGAGAAGGGCUUCACCCCCUUCCCGAAAAAGAAAAAUGCAGCAGAAGUAGCCGUUGCCGGUGCAACCGAUGAUGCUGAAGAGACUGAAGAGAAUGCCGAAAGUCCAACUGCCCAAGAAACAUCUGCAGGUGAUUAUGACUACUUGAUGUCACUGGCAAUCGGUACUUUAACUGUUGAGAAGAUGAAGGAGCUGCAGAACGAGAGGGACAAGGCGAUGAAAGAGCUCGAAGAAUUGAAAAGAGCAACGGUGAAAUCCUUGUGGGCGAAAGAUCUUGAUGCUCUUGAAUCAAAACUUGAUGAAAUCGACGACAGUGAUAGAAAGAGGGAGAAGAAAGAAAAAGAAGCUCUUGGGAAAAUGAAGAUAGUGAAACCAGUCAUCAAGAAUGCACGAAAGAACACCAAAAAAGCAACAAACAAUGUCGAAGCAGGUGUGCAUAUUAUACACACACAUAUAUAUACAUAUAUAGUCAGCAAGCUAUGCAAAUUUCAUGGAUAAAAAAAUACAUAAAACCUGUCCCUUGCAGAUAACAACAAUGGUGAAGUCAAGAAACCAAGAGGGAAGGCAGCAGCUGCUGCUAAGAAGAAGGCGCCGGCAAAGAAGGUUGCAUCAGAAAAUGAAAGUGAGGAUGAUGACGCUGUGGCUGAGCUGCGAGAUCGAAUUGCUGCUUACAAUUUCGACUCUUCCCCGGAUCAUACUCAAGAAAUGGAAACUGAAGUGUCCAUGGUGCCACCAGCAAAGACCAAAGAACCGAGCAGAAGGACUGCAGCACAGAAGAAGCCAUUGGCAAGUGUUUCAGAGAUAACUGAUGAUGAUGAUGAUAUCGAGAUCAUUGACGAUGAGUCUGAACCAGAGGCGAAGAAGGGGGGCAGGAAAAAGGUGGUGAAUGGGAAGGCAGCAGCGAAACCUCCGGCAGGGGCGAAGAAAAGAGGACCCUCAGCGAAGCAGUCGUCUCAGCUUUUAGGCCAAAAGCUGAUCACUGAAGUUCUUCAGCCUGCAGAAAAUUCUCCUGAAAAGAAAGUAAGGAAAAUGAGGGAUUCUCCAUUCAACAAGAAAAGCAGUUCCAUUCUCGGAAGGACAUCAUCGUCGAGCAUUGUUGAAGACGACAAAGAUGAAGAAACUUCAGCAGAAGCUGAGAUUGUUGCUCCUAAAGCUCGCCCGACGAGAGUUAACAGGAGGCAAACAAGCUAUGUUAUCAGUGAUGACUCCGACAGUGGCUCUGCCGAUAACUUUGGCAGUGAUGGUGAAGCCGAUAGCGACGACUCAGACUUCGACAAUGAUGAGUAAUUCUUUUAGUGAGAAAACUAAAACCAUGAAAACCAUGACUAAGUGUAAACUUUAAAUCCUCUGAAUUCUUGCAACCUUUGUGGACCAAAUAGAAGAAGAUGACAACAGUUAAUUGUCCUUUUCUCUUGCAAAAAUGACUACUUUAUUUCUUUUCCUA